AUGGGGCAGCUUUCCAGUUCAUUUGGUAACUUCUCAGUACUACCUCAUUGGGUAGGAAUAAAUGACCCAGAACUAGGAGAGCAGAUUAUCAACACAGGAAUGGAGGAUUUCAAAGAACAAGCAGGGGAUGUUAAUCACAUGCAGAGAAUUCCAGACCAAGAGGUCACACAUGGCACAGAGCAUGGAAAGGAAACAGCGGAGACCAGGAGUGUGACCCUGGAAUAGCAGGUGGUCAGCCCCAUGGGAGCCCCAGCUCAAGUGGUAAUGGCCUCCACCCUGGCAUAUUUCCUCCAGCUUUCUGUGGCAAGAUGUGAAGAGAACUGUGUUAAUGCUGAACACUGCUUGACCACAGACUGGGUACAUCUCUGGUAUAUAUGGUUGCUGGUGGUAUUUGGCGUGCUGCUCCUCCUGUGCGGCCUGACUUCUGUGUGCUUCCGCUGCUGCCUGAGCCACCAGCAAAGUGUGGAAGACCAGGGCCCACAGCCCUGUGAAGUGACUGUCAUCUCCUUUGAUCAAGACAGCACUCUCCAGAACACCAUCACUUCUCUACAGUCAGUGUUUGGCCCUGCAGCUCGGAGAAUCUUGGCUGUUGCUCAUUCACACAGCUCCCUGAGCCAACUGCCCUCCUCUUUGGACACUCUCCCAGGGUAUGAGGAAGCUCUUCAUAUGACUCGCUUCACAGUAGCAAGGUGUGGGCAGAAAACACCAGAUUUACCCUCGGUGCCAGAGGAAAAGCAGCUCCCUCCAAUGGAGAAGGCAUCUUCUCUAAUUGAACCUCCUUCACACUGA